AUGUCAUCCUCGAAAUUUCAGAGCUUCUUCGUGCGCCAUUGCUCAGUUGGAGAGGUGGCAGAUCUGUGGAGCAGCGUGAACGUGCUGCUAUGGACGAUCUGUUACGGACAUCAUCAUCACGCUGGGGUUUACUAUGCUGCUUAUCCAGAAACCAACCAUCACAUUCGGAACGCUUUCCUCGCUUACAGUUUCUGGGAUGAUUAG